AUGCGUGCUGCCAGCCUCCUAGCACUCGGUUGCUACGCAGCCAUUGCGAGCGCUGAUGUUGUUGACGAUGCUGAGUCCGCUGCCACUGAGGCGACGAGCUCGGUCGAGUCUGUGGUUGAGAGUGUGACCUCGUCGGCUGUUAACAAGCCCACCUUCACUCCCACCACUUUCAAGGCCCCAUUCCUCGAGCAAUUCACCGACAGCCUUGACGGCUCAAGAUGGAAGGCAUCACAUGCGAAGAAGGAGAACACGGAGGAGGAAUGGCAGUUCGUCGGCACCUGGGACGUCGAGGAGCCUACUGUCCUACGGGGCGUAGAGGGAGACAAGGGCCUGGUCCUCAAGGACAAGGCUGCUCACCACGCCAUUUCUGCAAAGUUCGACAAGCCCAUCACGAACAAGGACGAUACUCUGGUUGUCCAGUACGAGGUCAAGCUCCAGGGCGGCCUCGAGUGCGGUGGAGCAUACAUGAAGCUCCUCCAGGACAACAAGAAGCUCCAGUCCGAUGAAUUCUCCAACGCCUCGCCCUACAUCAUCAUGUUCGGUCCCGACAAGUGCGGCUCUACCAACAAGGUCCACUUCAUCUUCCGCCACAAGAACCCGAAGACUGGCGAGUACGAGGAGAAGCACCUGAAGAGCCCGCCAUCCGCUCGCAUCACCAAGCAGACGACCCUUUACACCCUCAUCGUUCGUCCAGACCAGAGCUUCGAGAUCAAGAUCGAUGGCGAGUCGUCCAAGAACGGCACCCUUCUUGAAGACUUCAGCCCGGCUGUCAACCCACCGAAGGAGAUUGAUGACCCCAAGGACAGCAAGCCAGAGGACUGGGUUGACACGCCGACCAUGCCCGACCCAGAUGCCACCAAGCCUGAUGACUGGGACGAGGACGCGCCAUACGAGAUUGUUGAUGAGUCUGCCGAGAAGCCAGCCGACUGGCUUGAGGACGAGCCCACCAUGAUCCCGGACCCAGAGGCCGAGAAGCCCGAAGACUGGGAUGAUGAGGAGGACGGUGACUGGGUCCCACCAAUGGUGCCCAACCCCAAGUGCGACGAGGUCUCUGGCUGUGGCCCGUGGGAGAAGCCGAUGAUGAAGAACCCAGAGUACAAGGGCAAGUGGUCUGCUCCGAUGAUCGACAACCCAGACUACAAAGGCCCAUGGGCACCGCGCAAGAUUGCCAACCCAGACUAUUACGAGGACAAGACUCCGGCUAACUUUGAGCCAAUGGGCGCUAUCGGCUUCGAGCUCUGGACUAUGCAGAACGACAUCCUCUUCGACAACAUCUACAUCGGCCACUCCGAGAAGGACGCCGACGCCUUCCAGAAGGAGACCUUCGCUCCGAAGAAGGCAUCUGAGAAGGCUGUCGAGGACGCUGAGAAGCCCAAGCAGGAAGACGCACCUAAGUCGCCUGAUGAUCUCGUCUUCAUGGACGACCCAGUCCUCUACAUCAAGGAGAAGUUCAACCUCUUCGUAGAGAUCGCCAAGCGUGACCCCGUCGAAGCCGCCAAGUUCGUUCCCGAGAUCGCCGGUGGCCUCGCCGUCGGCGCCGUCACUCUCCUCAUCAUCCUCGUCGGCGCGAUCGGUGGCGGUGCGAAGGCCGCACCGAGCAAAGAGCAGGUCAACGCCAAGACACAGCAGGCGAAGGACCAGGCGCAGAAGACGAAGGAUCAGGUUGCGGACGCCGUGACUUCGGGGACGGAUAAAGCGAAGGAGGAGGUGAACAAGCGGAGUACGAGGAGUGGCGCUCAGUAG